UUGUCCUGUAGCUGUUCUCCCUGAUCUCCCUUCUCUCUCUCUCUCCCUCCUCUCCUCUCUUCUCUUUCUGUCUUUGAAUGGAGAAGCUGGGCUCCCAGGACCCUGCACGCCCGUCUUUGGGUGCAGGGCCUGCUGCAGAAGAUUUGGUUGCCAAGGCGGCAGGGGUCGAGGGAAACGAGGCGGCAGCGGCGGUCAGCUCCAAGCUGUUUCGGUGUGCGUGCGUGAGGCGUUGGAUACCACUGGUCUACAGAGAAGAACUCUACCAGGUCUUAAGGCUCGCAGGCCCACUGCUGCUGUCUCGGAUUCUGAAAUUCCUCCUGCCGUUUGUGAUCACAAUAUUCUGUGGUCACAUUGGAAAUGCAGAGCUGGCUGGAUACGCACUGGCCUCAGCGACCAUUAACGUGACAACAAUAGCAACAGGUUAUGGCCUUGCUGUAACCUGUGACACUCUUAUUUCCCAGACAUUUGGCGGUAAGAACAUGAAACGUGUUGGAGUAAUCCUACAAAGGAGCUCAUUAAUCCUGCUGCUGUUUUGUUUGCCAUGCUGGAGUCUUCUUAUCAACUCUGAAAACUUGCUGCUCAUGAUGCGUCAAGAGGCAGAGGUGGCGAGAAUUGCCCAGAUCUACUUGAUGGCCUUUCUUCCAGCUGUUCCAGCCAUGUUCCUGCACCAGCUGCAAGUUGCUUACCUCCAAAACCAAGGGAUUAUUUUGCCUCAGAUGUACACAGCAGCAGUUGCAAACAUCAUCAAUCUGGGGGUCAACUAUGUCUUAAUCUUCAGCCUACAGUUAGGUGUCAUUGGAUCAGCCAUUGCUACUAGCCUCUCUCAGAUCACCAUCUGCCUGCUGUUGUUUGGCUACAUCAGAUGGAAAAAACUCCAUCAGAAGACAUGGGGAGGCUGGUCCACUGAAUGUCUGCAGGAGUGGGGCUCCUACGCGAAGCUGGCUAUUCCCAGUGCUUUAAUGAUCUGCUUUGAAUGGUGGAUCUGGGAGGUUGGAGGUUUUCUCGCAGGUUCCCUUGGGGAAGCUGAUCUUGCUGCCCAACAUGUGUUGUUGGAGGUUGGAGCAAUAACAUACAUGUUCCCUCUAGGGGUCCAUGCAGCUGCCUGUGUGCGUGUCGGAAACGCUCUGGGGGCAGGAAACACAGCCAGGGCCUUAGUCACCUGCAAAGUAGCCCUGGUUCUAGCAGGAGUGCUUGCUGUGCUCCAGGGUGCUGUCAUAGCUAGCACUAAGUCUGUCAUUGGCUACAUAUUUACCUCUGAUAAAAAAAUUCUGGGUAUCCUCUCACAGACCUUCACAGUCUAUGUAUUUCUUCAAUUCUUUGAUGCCAUUCUGUGUGUCUCCUCAGGAAUUCUUAUAGGAUCUGGGAUGCAGAAAAUUGCUGCCUUGACUAACCUGGUCAGUUACUACUUCAUCGGUCUGCCUGUGGGAAUAGCUCUGAUGUUUCCAGCCCAACUGGGGAUAGUAGGUUUGUGGCUGGGUCUCUUAAUAUGUGGUGUCCUCCAGGCGGGCUUCUUCAUCAUUCUAAUCUUCAGACUUAACUGGAAGAAAGUCACACUCAAGGCUCAAAAACGAGCCAGAAAGAAGGUGGUGAUGAUACCAAAGCGUCCUGUUAGUACAGUCCUGAAUGAAGGGAUGGUUCCUGACAUCUCAGAUUGUUCUGUCACAGCCCAGUCGGACGGUGAGGAAGUCUCUAAAGCAGAAGGCUACAGCACAGUUGGCACAGAGGAUCAGGAACUGAAAUCCAAUCAUGAGGCUGAGAGAAACAGUUCAACUAUAGGAGGGACUGAGGGAGACACUGAGCAAACAAACAUCUCCAGACCUCAAAAGCUGCUGUCAACCACUCAGCUGAUCUUGCGUCGGGGACUCACUUUGAGUGUGUCUGUGCUUAUUUUGAUUGUCGGUGUUGCUUUCCAUAUCGCUUACCCUGCACCUGAGCCCUCGGUUCAAAGUAGCAACUUCACUUUGAACUGGGUGAAUGACUCCACUUCUACACCUCUGACUCCACUGGACCUGACAACAAACCUCUGAGCCCUCGCUAACCUCUGAAUGUAGACAUGUACUUAAUGCACACAGCUCUUACAGACUUUUACAAACCUCAAAAAGAGAAAAAGUGUGAGAUUUGUGAUGGUUUGUCUUUCAGACUUGGGCUAUUAUUGUGAUAAAACUUUGCUCAGGCCACAGGCUAUAGCUCCUCUAGAGAAAAAAAAUCUUCAUAUCUGCAGCACUUAGCAAAUCUACAGAGUAAUAAAACUGGAUCUAGAGACAUGAUCAAAGGUCUUGUAACAGAAGUCAUGUUUUAACCUGUUCAGCUUGAAAUGUUUAGCAGGGAAUAGAAUGCAUAACUGUGUAAAUCUCUAACUAAGAGAACUUGUGGGCAUUAUGAAACAGUUUUUUUUUAAUCAGGGAUAGUUUGAUUUUUUUUACACAUAUGCUCAUCUUAAUUUACAUAUUGUACUUUGACAUUAAUCCUCUGUUAUCUUCCCCUUUCCUCAUCUUAUGCUCUGUCCUUAUUGUGUAAAAUUGACUGUAAAUAUGCAAUGUAAAAUUACAUUUAAACAUGUAAAUACUUAAAAAAAUGGACUUUGAAAGCAGGUUA